AUGUUGAGUUAAAGAUGUCCAGCAAUUAUGAAAAAAGUGGAAUUUGGAAAUAUCACAAAAGGCUUAUAAAGACAAUGCUCUGAGAAAGAUUUGAUGAACCAAUAAUAAUAAAAUAUUAAUGAUGAGUCAUAGGAUAGGACGAAGUUGAAGUAAAUUUAUUGUGUAUAUUAGAUUACUAAAUCAAAGACUUCAAACAUAGAGUAAUGAAAAUCCUAUAAGAACAGACUUGUCUACUGCAGAGGGUUUACAAUUAUAAGAGAAUAAAUCAGAUGAGAAAAAAUAAAAAUUUGACAAAUUAAAAAGGUAACCACCAACCUUUUUUGAAAAGAUUCCAAAGGAUCCACUUACAUUGAUGAAUUCAACUAGAAAAAAUAAAUACAUUUAAAUAAAUAUUUUAGCAAAAUCAAAAUAAGCUGUAAAAGAUCAUAUUGUAAAUCACAAUUUACCACAGCAAUCUCCUGCAUAAGAUGCUGCUGUUAGAGAACUUUUAGAUAGCUUUUAGACUUAAUUCAAUUUUAGAACUGCUAUAGAUGCAAAAAAAAAGAGAUAGGUAGAAGAUCUCAAAGCAAAAUAUCUUAAGACAUUUUUCAUAAAAAAUAUUCCAACAAAGGAUAAAGUAAUUUACAAGUAUUAUGGAGAGAACUAAUUUAAUUGUUUCACAAAUAGGGAUGAUAGAUUUAAAUUAUCUAGAAGUUAAAUAAAAAAUGAGUGUUAUCAUAAACCAUUUACAUAAUCAUUUUAAACUUAAACUCAAACAUUUUGCAAUGAAAGUAAUAGUUGCACUGGAUAUUGUUAAUAUCUUAAAGAAAUAUACAAAAAAAAUCACUAGAGUCUUAAAAAUUUAUCAGAACUAACCUCCUCGAAUUGA